AUGUCAACAACAACAACAACGACAGCAGCAGUGGCUGUGGUCCGUGGACCAGUUUUUAAUCUAUUAGCCGUUUUGGUUACACCCUUUGUAGAUGCACUCACUAAUACAACCAGUCCACAAUUUAAGGCACUUGAGGCACAAGUGGUAGUAAUGUAUGAAUUCAUCUAUAGAGCUCAAUAUGGUUUACUCUUCAGCCAUGUUACUGUCAUAGCAUUUAGACAAGCUGGGACCAGAACACGAGCAUCUAAUACUGAAGCAGAAGUGGAAGUUGUGUUUAACAACACGAUAACACCUGCAGAAAUCCCACAGGCUGCAGAUGUUGCAAAAACCUUAGUAGAAGCUGUGUCUAAGCCCAACAACUUCACAUUAACUAUUAAUGCCACAUCUGUCAUAGCAACCCAAGUAAACACUUCAACCACAACCACAACAAAUCUUACAAUCACCACACCUGUAACAAAUACAACUACAGCUUCAACUACAACUGUGAACCCUACAACCACUACAACUGUAACAACUGCUGAGCCAGUCAAAAUACUGGCGGUGAAAUUCAGAUCUGUUAAAGGGAUAUUUACGACUGACUUGCUGACUUCAUCAUCCACAGCGUUUAAACAACGAGCUACACUGAUAAGGACAGCACUUGAACCUUUCUACCAGGCAAGAUUUCCUUCAUUCCGCUUCAUCACCGUGACUGCAUUCAGUAAUGGGUCCAUUGUCAAUGACAUGGACAUUGGAUUUGCAUUGUCACUGGUCCCUAAUGCAAAUGAGAUUGUGCAAGUUUUGAUCGAUGCAGCCAAGAUAACACCCUUCGACAUUGAAACCAGUUCUAUAUUUGUGAACGGCACACUGUCACAUGGAGUGAGCCACAAGAUCAGUCUCCUCACUGCCUCCUGUAUGGUGCUGCUGUCAUGGCUUCUGUCAGGCCAGCAAUGACAUCUGAGUUGAUGCUUUUGUGAAAUAACUUGAGGAAAUGUCUCCUGUGACU